AUGCUCGCCGUGCUCUACCUCAUCUCGCAUCUCGACCGCGCCAACAUUGGCAAUGCCAAGAUUGAAGGCCUCGCCGAGGACCUGAACCUCAAUGGCGUGCAAUGGAACAUUGCGCUCAGUCUCUUCUUUGUUCCUUAUAUUUUGCUUGAGGUCCCCAGCAACGUCCUGCUCAAGAAGUUCAAACGCCCCUCGGUCUACCUCGGCACCCUGGUUACCAUCUGGGGCGUCAUCAUGACCUGUCACGGCCUCGUCCACAACUUUGCCGGCCUCCUGACCGUCCGCCUGCUCCUCGGCGUCUUCGAGGCCGGCUUCUACCCGGGCGCCGUCUACCUCACGACGUUCUGGUACAUGCCGCGGGACCUUGCCGCGCGCAUCGCGUGGUUCUACUGCACCUCGGCGCUGUCGGGCGCCUUCUCCGGCCUCCUCGCCGCCGCCAUCGCCAAGAUGGACGGCGUCGGCGGCUACGAGGGCUGGCGGUGGAUCUUUCUGCUAGAGGGCAUCUUCACCGUCGUGCUGGGCAUCGCGACCUUUUUCUUUCUCGUCGACACCCCGGCGCUGAGUACCAAGUGGCUGGAGCCCGACGAGAUCCGGUUCCUCGAACUGCAGAGCUUCAUCAAGCAGGGCGGCCGGUUCGAGGACGAGGAGAAGGAGGACAAGUUCAAGUGGCAGGACCUCAAGGCCGUCGUGACCAACUGGAGGCUGUACAUGCAGGCGUGGGCCCUCCUGGCGGCAUCGGCCUGCAGUUAUGCUCAUGACGGUGCCCCCUACUUCUGCGGCGCCGCCUCGGCCCUCUUCUUCGCGCGCCUCUCGGACCGCUUCUACUGGCGCAUGCCCUUCGUCGCCAUCCCGCUCGGGCUCAUCGCCGUCGGGUACGCCAUCAUCAUCGCCCUCCAGGGCGACCUCUCGGGCCAUAUCGCGGCGGCCAUGGUGGGCGUCAUCAUCACCUGCCUGGGCAUCUACCCGAUCCAGCCGGCGGGCUCGUCGUGGGCGGCCAACAACCUGGCGCCGGCGUCGCGCCGCGCCAUCGGCGUCGCCUUCAACAUCUGCGUCGGCAACAUUGGCGGCAUCAUCGGCAGCUACAUGUACCUCGACAGUGAGGCGCCAAAGUACUCGACCGGCUUCGGGCUGUCGCUGGCGUUUGGCGGCAGCGGCGUCGUUGUCGCGCUGCUACUGGAGCUCAGCUACAAGUGGGGCAACGCGAAGAAGGCAAAGAUGUCCGAGGAGGAGAUCCGGGCCAAGUACACGGAGGAGCAGCUGAUGCAUAUGGGAGACAAGAGCCCGCACUUCAAGUAUGUUUUGUGA